UGAGACAUGCUCACUAACAGGGAUGUAAACCCAUUUUUGCACGACAUUUUGUCCAUAUGGAACAUUUCUGGGAUCUUUUAUUUCAUCUCAUGAAACAUGACACCAACACUUUACAUGUUGCGUUUUAUGUUUGUGUUCAGUAUAUUAUAGACCUGUAUGGGUUAGUGGUAAUUUAUAGAGUGGCUCUCUAUUUGCCCUCAGCAUGCAUUUUGUUCAGCAUUCUAAAUGUCAAAAAAAUCCAUAUGUUCUUCUGAAAUAUGGACACACAACAUCUCCUGUCUUGGUUUGGACUCCAUUUACUCCGGUCUUGGUUUGGACUCCAUUUACUCCGGUCUUGGUUUGGCCUCCAUUUACUCCGGUCUUGGUUUGGACCCCAUUUACUCCGGUCUUGGUUUGGACCCCAUUUACUCCGGUCUUGGUUUGGACCCCAUUUACUCCGGUCUUGGUUUGGACUCCAUUUACUCCAGUCUUGGUCUUGAAUCGGUCUCGCUUUAGGUGUUCUCGAACACAACACUGACAGUAUCAGUCCUGCUACUGAGUAACACUUGAUGGAGGGUAUUUAUCAGUUUUGAUCUCUUGAAUUAAGCCUUUCACUUUCUCUGCCAACAUCCUAAUGCGCCUGCGCGCUGCUUGACUCGCUGUCAUUCUCUGUUAAGAGAUUGCAUCUGCAUCCACUGCACUUAUCAGAGAGGGAGAAUUAUAUAUUUUUUAAAUAUAGUGCAAUGAAAACAGCCCCCGGUGCAAAACAUACAGUGGGUCCAGGAUGGAGCAUUGCAGUAUGGGUAGUAAUUUAUUUCUGAAGCAACGACGGGGCGGAAGCGAGGAUGUUUCCUAAUAGAAGUCAAAGAGGAUCAGCAUCAUAAAACAGUGGAAUUAUGAGCGCACGAGAAUGGACCGGGCAGAAGACUGGGAUUUGAGUCUAAAAUCAAUUCUGGAUGAGACUGUUUAGUACCAUUUUCACGUUUUUAAUAGCCUGAUAUGUCGGCUCUGGCAUGAUGAGUCCCUGCCCUCAAUACAAUUUAGUCAGCUCCGGAGUUAGUCACUGGAAACUGGCUGAUUGCUACAAUUGUAGCCUUCAUGGUUUAUUCUGAAUUCGCCUCUGUUUUGCAGCUCUGGCACUGACGGUAAUUCGAUACAUUGUUAAAAUGCCUUUGUAGGCAACGCUUUACAUUGUAGUUAACUACAUUGUAAUAAGCAAGACUGUAUUGGCAUGAAUGAAAUAUGUUUAAUCUUCAAUAUUGGCGCAGCUCAUUUGAUAGUGAUAGGCUAUGAGCCUUUUAUAUAGCUUUUUAUGUCGAUAAUGAAUAUACGUGAGAUUGAAUAAUAUAAGUGGGGUAUUGUAUUCGCGUGUUAGAGGCACCAGGCAGGCUACAGUUUUUGUCUCCAUGGGAAUAAAAAAAUGCAUGUGCAUAUAAUUAGACUUCACGCCUUCAUUGCACCGGAAUGCACCAUCGUAGUUCCCCUGGCAUAGUUAGCCUACUCGCUAUGACAGGUUGGCACACAUAAAGCCUACUGUAUACAAAUGAACCACCAGACCGCCGCAUCAUCGACGGGAUCAGACUAAAAAUAAAUCUGAGAAUAGGCUACCCAGACUGCGGAGCGGAAACCGGGAUCGUCUCGCGUUUCGUCAGGUGGACGCGCCGGCAAAGGACUGCAGACCAUAACGGGACACUCCGCUAUAAAGGUCGCAGGUGUCGAAUAUUUAGUAGAACUUCUCGUUGGAUUGGGACUGUGUAGGAACAUUAGCCAUAUUUCAUGAUGUGCUGUUCGUGUUCUUCCCUGUGCUUUAUGUAGGCCUGCACACACGUUGUUUGGGUUUUGUUCGAUUUCAGUUCCCGAAGUUCAUGUUUGUUUUCAUGUUAUAAUAGCUAUUCGGGACAUUACCUCAGUCAGAGUAGCCUAGUUGUGAAGAGUGCGACAUUUUGUAAGCACUCAGUAUCCCACAUUUCAGCCACUAAGAAAUGCAACGGGGUGAUUUGAGCAAUAUUCUGGGAAAUCCGCUUAAGCAGCUGUGGGCAAGUGUCGAAAUUUGAAAGAUGAGCUUUGGAUACCAGAACUUCAGUCAGUGUGCCAGCAGUGCCUGCACACAGAGAAUCACUCAUAAUCUGGACUACAAGUCAACUGAGACAGUAGACUGAGACUGUGCUUCUCAGAUAAACAUUACAGUAAAAAAGAAUACAAAAUUAAAGGAUUUAUUGGUUUAGUGUAUUCAGAUUUUCUUUUGAGUUAAAAGCUUAUUCAAAGCCAUAUAAAUAAAUAACAAAAAUAGCCUCAUAUUUGACAAUAGCGAAAUAGCUUGGUUUGUUAUCCAUGUCAUGGUUUGUCCUUUAAUUUGACAUUAAUUCAUUCUGGCUUAAGCAAAACCAACGCCCCAGACCUCUGCCAGUCACUUUUCAGUUAUUUUUUUGGUAAAAAUGUUUGAUUCCUUUUUUGUCAACAAACAAAAAAACAUUCCAGUGCCUCAACUGUGCCAUAUUAUCUCAGAGAUGGCGAUUGACGGAGGACCCGGUCAUCUUUGUGUGUGCCCCUUCCACUGCCUGUGUCUGUGUGUGACAAAGGGUUCAAGCAUGAUGGAUCAGGCAUGAGACUGCAUACGCGAGGAAGGAACACUGCAAAUAGUGCAGAAGGAAUAGUUGAAUGACACUCCAGACAACAUGGCCCAGAGAGUUAGUUAAGAGGCCUACAAGUCUACGACAGAGAAAAAUUGGUACCCACUACAGAGAAGAGGUGAGUGUGAGUUAUUUCCUGGAGAAAGUGUCAAAUUGGAAUCAGUGCCCGAGGCAAGCAAUUACAUUUUGUAUUGAGCACUUCCUCCUCGCUGUGGGAAAUCCACCCUGAUCUGGAGUUUGAAACAUUGUCGUGUUUCACUUGUUUUUUGAAUACCCUCGCUUGGAUUUCCUCAUUAUUGCCUUUCUAUUAGAUUUUUUGGGGGAUAUAGCCAUCUUCAAGCACACUUGGAGUCACUUCACAGGAUGAAAUCCAUCCCUUUUUGAAAUGGGGCUUGUUUCGAAAUGUGCCAGUUGGAAAUUUGUCAGGACUGAGAACACAUGAGCAGGGUUUUCACCCAGCCCUAGACUCCCCCUUUCCCCCGUCCCCCACCCUUAAACUGUAAGCCUGAGAUUGAGACACAAGGCACUGUCACUCCGCUCCUCACCGUCCCGCACAUUUUGCGGGACCAAAGGGUGAGAACCCCAAGUAGACUGCAAAAGGAGGAUGGGGAGUUCCGCCUCCUCUCUCACCGCGGAGACCGAGUCGGACCACGGCUUCCGGAGCACCCCGUACCCGUCGUCGCCUCCUAUGGGUUGGCUUAGGAACAGCCACAGCAGUCCUGUGUGGGGCACCACCUUCAUUACGCGCCAGCAGCAUCCGCCGCUUCCACACAGAGAGCGCAGCCACUCUCAGUCCCCGGGCUCCAUGGCGGCGGCAGUGCAAGGCAGCGAGUGGUCGUGCGGCCGCUGCACCUUCCUGAACGCGGGGGUGGCGCCGCGCUGCUCCAUCUGCGAGGCGCCGCGCCAGAAACCCGACCUCAACCAGAUCCUGAGGCUGAGCAGCACAGAGGAGCAGCAACGCUGGGCCUGUCCCCGCUGCACCCUCAACAACCCCCAGGGCUCCGGCGCCUGCACCGUCUGUGGCUUCGGACCCUCGAUGGGCACCCCCACGCCGACCACAACCAUGGCCGCCACCACCAACGGCUUCCUGCCCCCGCCGCCGCAGCCUCCGACGCCAGUCAUGACUCCCAUGGUUCUCCUGGAGCCCCGCGGGCAGCAGCCGGCCAAGGAGGAGGCGCUGAGGCGGUCUGAGAGCAACGGGGAGGUGGGUGGACCCGAGGGGCAGCAGCACCACCACCCAGGCUGGGCGUGCCCACGGUGCACGCUUCAUAAUACUCCUGUUGCAUUGUCGUGUUCGGCCUGCGGGGGACCACGGAAAUUGUCGUUGCCCAAGAUCCCACCCGAAGCGCUGGUGGUGCCCGAGGUUCGCACGCCUGUGCUAGGGUUUCCCGUCCACGUAGCAGGGGCCUCCGCCCCUCCACUGCUCAUUGACUUGACAGACGACUCGCCCCCCACAGCCGCCCCCUGCGAACCCCAGGAGCCCCCCGACACCAACUUGCCCCCUACGCCACUCUCCUCCCCUUUCACACCCUUCUCCUCUCUCCAGAACAACCCAGUGCCCCGCAGCAGGAGAGAGGUGCCCCCGCCAGGGAGGCCACCCAACCCUAACCCCAACGCCCCCAGCCCUACUUCGCCCUCCACGGCCUACGUGCCCCCUCCGCCCUGCCCUCCCCUCCGCCCUGCCAAGCCUAAGCAAGCCCAGCCUCAGGAGCCUUCCUUCCCCAGCAAGCGCCUCAGCAUCCUGGAGGAGGAGGACGGCCCCCACCCCCAUCACACCUCCCACGCCCCCGUUACAUCGCCCCCCACUUGGAAGUGCCCAGGAUGCUCCUUGCCCAACCUGAGCGGCUCGUCCAAGUGUGAGGCAUGUCGCUCGUCGCGGGCCGGCGCCGACCUCAUCGACCUGGUGGGCUGCGAGUCGGUGCGCUUUACUCCGGCCAGCCCCUCCAGUCCGGACUUCAGCACCUGGGCCUGCUCCAAAUGUACCCUCCGCAACCCCACCGGGGUGGCCAAGUGCUCGGCCUGUGGUUCCUCCAAGCUGCAUGGCUUCCAGGAGCCUAGUUCUCGCUGCUGCCUGCACUGCGGUCUCCCCGGCCCCUGCUCCUGCUCCUCAGCCUCCUCCUCAUCGUCUUCUGGACACAAGGCCCGAAAACAAGCCCGGGUCUACCCCUCGCCCUCGGCCACCAACACCUCCUCCUCUUCCUCAUCGUCCUCGUCCUCCUCUUCCUCGUGCACGCUACUGCAGGAGAAGCAGUGGGGCUGUCCGGCGUGCACGUUGCUCAACGACGUCAAGUCUAAGAACUGCGCGGCAUGCCACACGGCCCAGCAGUACCUGAUGCUGCGCAAGGUGGCCAAGCCACUGAAGAGGAGGGAGAGCAUGCACGUGGAGGCACGGCGGCGCAACGACGAGGGCGAAGCCAAGGAACUCUGGGAGAACAUCACCACCUUCUGUCGAGAGAACGUGGUGAACUUUGUGGACGACAGCUUCCCUCCCAGCCCCCAAUCCGUGGGCUUCCCCGAGGGCGACAGCGUCCAGCAGCGAAUCAAAAAGUGGCUCCGCCCUCACGAGAUCAACUGCAACAACUUUAAGGACCGGGGCGUCAAAUGGUCUGUCUUCCGCACCCCUCGGCCCUCGGACAUCCUGCAAGGCCUGCUGGGAAACUGUUGGUUCCUGAGUGCGUUGGCGGUGCUGGCGGAGCGUCCAGAGCUGGUGGAGAGGGUGAUGAUCACCAGGGGCAUCUGCCAGGAGGGGGCCUACCAGGUCAGGCUUUGUAAGGAUGGUACCUGGAUCACCGUGCUGGUGGACGACAUGCUUCCCUGCGAUGAGUACGGAUACCUGCUCUUCUCCCAGGCUCAGCGUAAGCAGCUCUGGGUGGCCCUGAUAGAGAAGGCCCUGGCCAAGCUCCAUGGCUCCUACUUCGCCCUGCAGGCGGGGCGCGCCAUCGAGGGCUUGGCCACGCUGACGGGGGCGCCGUGUGACUCACUGAUGCUGCAGGUCAGCUCCACCAACCCCCGCGAGGAGCCCAUCGACACGGACCUCAUCUGGGCCAAGAUGCUGAGCUCCAAGGAGGCCGGGUUUCUAAUGGGGGCGUCAUGCGGAGGAGGGAACAUGAAGGUGGAUGAUGUGACGUACGAGUCGUUGGGCCUCCGCCCUCGCCACGCCUACUCUAUCCUGGACGUACGGGACGUACAGGGCUACAGACUACUGCGGUUGAGGAACCCGUGGGGUCGCUUCUCGUGGAACGGCAGCUGGUCAGACGAGUGGCCUGAUUGGCCGCAGCACCUCCGCCAUGAGCUCAUGGCCCACGGCAGCAGCGAGGGUGUCUUCUGGAUAGAGUAUGGAGACUUCAUCAAGUACUUUGACUCGGUGGACAUCUGUAAGAUCCAUUCAGACUGGCAGGAGGUGCGGUUACAGGGCUAUUUCCCCAGUAGAGCCUGUGGUCCUGUUACGGUUACCGCUCUGACCAUGCUGGAGAGGACCGCGCUGGAGUUCGCCCUCUUCCAGGAGGGCAGCAGGCGGUCGGACACGGCAGACAGCCACCUGUUGGACCUGUGUAUCAUGGUGUUCAGAGCGUCGUUUGGCAGUGGCAACAAGCUGACCCUGGGGAGGCUGCUGGCCCACAGCAAGCGGGCCGUCAAGAAGUUUGUGGGCUGUGACGUGAUGCUGGAGCCGGGCGAGUACGCCGUGGUGUGCUGUGCCUUUAACCACUGGCAGAUGAACGUCAGCGGAGUGGGGCCGCCCACACCAGUGUCGAGCCCCACCAGUGCACGGCGUCCCAACCAGGACUUCCCAGGUUACAUCCUGGCCAUCUACAGCUCCCGUCAGGUGAUGGUGGAGCAGGUGGAGGCCACCGCUACCACGCUGGCCGACGCCAUCAUCCUACUGACCGAGAACAAGGGGGAGAGACACGAGGGUCGCGAGGGCAUGACGUGCUACUACCUGACCCACGGCUGGGCGGGGCUGAUCGUGGUGGUGGAGAACCGCCACCCCAAGUACUACCUCCACGUGUCAUGUGACUGUACGGACAGCUUCAACGUGGUGUCCACCCGCGGCAGCCUUAAGACCAUCGACAGUGUACCGCCUCUGCACAGGCAGGUGCUGGUGGUGCUAUCCCAGCUGGAGGGCAACGCAGGAUUUUCCAUCACCCACCGGCUGGCCCACCGUAAGGCCGCCCAGGCCUCCCUAGGGGACUGGACCCCCACCAAGGCCACGCACAGCCCCCAGCUCACCCCCGACAUCGACGGCCUGCACCGGCCACGGCCCCUAUGACCACGGCCCCCCUUCACGCACACACACACACACACAAGCUGAUGAUACUCACGUUGACACACGCGUACGUGAACACAUUCGUGCGGAAAGCGGGGGGCUGUGUGACGCUGGAAUAAACGCAUAUGGAUAGAGGGAGGGGGUGGAUUGUGGAGACCUCCGUGGGAAGGAUGACUGGACGGAGUACUGGCGUUUGUCUUCCUCUUCUUCCUCCUCAAUCCAUGAAUGAUGGGGACUCGAUCCUGCCAAACCACCUGGAUCCAGUUGGGAAGAAGGAGAGGAGAGUGGGUAGAUGUGCCAUUUUGGAUGAGAUGGGAGAUGAAGGAGCCCUCCCAGGUGACGUCAGUGUUUCUAGAGGGGUCCUGAGACCCUCCAACCUCCAACGAACCAGGAAGGAUUCUAGACCUAGCCUCGUCAACUACAACACUGUACUGUUUGUCUGUCUAUGGACCAGGGAUAUUACCCAGACACCCUGACCAGAACAGACCAGCGCCCGUUCUUUCCCUAACCCCCAACAGAUGUCAACGAACGCCCAGGAACACUGACUGUUGACCCCACAUCCCAAAGGCUAAAGGUCAUUCAAAGGCCAGGGUGGAGUGCUGUAACUGCUGAGCCACCUGAUGGCUGUUUCCCCACAGAGCCAAUCAACCACGCUGCCCUGACCCCCUGACCCCACUGUUCUUGGUCUAUGGAUCCACCCCACCGUACUCGAGGUAGAAGUUGCCUUGAGCUGGUCUAGGAUCAGCUUCCCCUCCUCAAAGCCUCACUCCCAACAGGCACUGCUGUGUGAGGUUUAGUUCGGGAUGGAGGGGGAGGGUUAGCUGCUCUCUCUGCCCCAAGCCCCCUGUCCUGCCUCCUGUACCCUGCACCUUUGGAUCUGUCAACUAUCAACAGGAUGGGGGGGGGGUGUAGUACAAUAUUCUACACCAUACUAUGUGAGCCAAACCCGACUAGCGAUUUUACCACAGUCAUUUACAUUUUUUAAAGAAGUUUUAUUGUCUUUCUUUGGUCUGUGUUUUGUACGGUGCUUGAAUCGUUUAACGAGCCGUCUAGGUUACCGUCUCUCCACCCGUCUCCUCUGUCUUUCUGUCUGUCGGUCAACUGUCCAAGCCCUCCCCCGUUUCUCUGCUGUUGAAAUGCCGUGUUAUUAUUUCUCCACCUCAAAUAUAAGGUGGACUCUGACUCUGUUUCGAAGACAAUGUCAAAUCAAUGUGUAUCAUAGACAGCUGUACCGUACGAGACAUAUAGCAUAGCUGAAAUCUUCAAGUUGUUGCACCUUGCUGUUUUCACUCGACUUGCUGUCGUUCGUUAUCCAUGCGGUCUAGAUCUGUGUCAUCAUCAGCCAUUUUCUUUUUUUUUUUCUUUUUUUUUAACACAGUUGUCUCUAUGGCUGUUCCAGCAUAUCUGGUCAAUAUUAUCUGGGUGUCGAGAAAGAGGAAAUGUAACCUCUUGCCCUCUAUUAUCUCUCUCUGUCUUCCUCGUCUUACUGUCUCCCCUCAGUUCAGUGAUCAAUGCCGAAGGAGGCAAGAGAUCUCUUUUUUUUUUCUGGUCUGUCUCCCCGAGGUUGAUUGACUUUGCACAUUCAGUCAAGCCUGUCUGCUCACAUUUGGUACAUCAAGUCUCGCUCCAGCAUCAGCAUCAACUCUUCAGCUAUACAAAGCUGGUUAUAGUCCUGUUGGGGGGGGAAUACAACAGUGGAGGUCAAUGGAUCGUUGGCGUAUUCAAAGUCUCCAUUGUGGGUCUACCUGAAUUGUUGGUCUGUCGUCUCCUUAAAGUGGAGACUAUUAAGUAAGGGAAUAUUUGUAGAAGCCAUGAUUGUUUCGAUAGUGAGUUUAGUUUACAGUUCAUUUGAUGGGGUAGACCUGUGUCAUAUUCAUUAUUCACCAGAUGGAAGAAAAUGGACUGAAACGGGGAGGGACUACCUGGACUUGUCCAAUAAGAAGCGGUCAUUUCCAUUCAAGACGUUUUUCAUUGCUUGCCCUAAUGAACAGGAUGAAAUGGCCCAAAAGCACAUUAGGGAACAAAUUCUGCUUUUUAAUAACGAAUGAGAGAUUUUAUUGGACACAGACACGCACACAAACACACAAAUGCAGACACACACAUGCACACACACACACACGCAUACACAUACAUACACUGAAGAGGCACCUGAGAAAUGUAGAUGUGAGGGCAGAAUGUAGCGUUUUCUUCCCUCUCCGGCAAUCUUGGAGCAUUGUGUGCCAUAUUUCCCAGGAUGCACAGGGAACAGUGAGGGAUGUGAGUGAUGUCACAACUGUUGUUCAUGUUUUACGCCAGAGCCAUCAGACUUCUAGCCUGGUUGACAAUGCAGUGAGUGUUCAGUCUGAUUUAACCAGACUUCACCAAGGCAACACAAAUCCCUCAUUUUAAGCUGAAACAAUUUACUCGCUCCAUCUCCCGUCAGAGGAGAAAAUCCUUAAACACGAUACCGUCUUAGUUCGCCGAGGUUUGGGAGAUUUCUUGGGAGUUAAGUGGAAAAACUUAAGAUGUAACUUAAGUCUUAAGUUAAGGCAGAACUAGAAAUCUUUCUUUUAUGUAAUAAAAAUUAAUUGGGAAAACUUGGGAGAGAAAGAAAGUUUGGGGGUGCACUUGAAAGAUGAUUUGUUUAGGCUAUUUGGAUGUAAUGAUUUGCAUAAAUACAUUCACCUUCCUUUGCAUGUGUUCGAAUGUACUGUAGUGUCCCCCCCAAAAUAAUGGAAGAAAGACCUUGAGCCGACGAUGAUGUCACACAUAUGACAGUUCUGACACCACUCAUGACAAAUAAAUAGCCUGACAACGUCAUGAUACGUGCAGUCUCGUGCAAUACAACCACUUCUAACUUGUUGGAUAGCCAACUAGUAGCAUAUUUCAUGACGGUGUCAUCAAGUACUGUAUGUAUUAUGACCAUAAUGUACUUCAACUUGUCCACUGUUACAGUCAAUGUUUAACAUGUACCGGAACACUUUCAGGAGAAUUGAGUAUUUGCUCUCUGUGAUUGCAGCCAAGUAGCUGUCCAUUCUGUGUGUUAAUUCAUUUAUUAUUGUAAAAAAGAAAGAAAAUGAUUUGAUCAAAGCACAAAGGGAACCUGCUCUUAUUAUCGCAAAUGUAAAAUGUGUGCGAGAAGGUCGGGAUACAUACAGUACGUAUGCGUGUGUAAGCUGUGGAUAUGAUGAGUACUGCCUGAGUGAACCAUCCAUUGUUUGAUAGGUGACAGAAAAAAAAGGAAUGUUUAUAUGUUUUAGCCCAGUGGGACUGUAUUUUCUCGGAAACUGAAACCUGCACUGAAAAAUACCUGAAAUCAAAGGCACCUCAAAAUGUCAGCGUCAUGAGGCUCUGUGACUUCACUUUACAUGUUGUGUGAUUACAUUUAGUUUUUUGUUGUUGUUGUUGUUGAUAUCUGUUUUUAUUCGUGUUGUCAUUUCGCUCUCUCUCUCUUCAUGUCGUUCCUGUGGAUAAUUCUAUUCGUCUCGUGUUGAGUUGUGGUGGUGACUCUUCCUGGCAGUAGGGGUUGGCCCGUGGUGUUCACAAGAGGCUGUGGCCAUUCACAGUCCAUAGCCAACAGCCUCUAACUAUCUGGUUCUGUCUUUUGUAAACUGUACAGACUCCAGUGCUAUAAUCCACCCCAACCGAGACAGUGAACCAACUGUUUUACCUUGUAAAAAAAUCUAAUCAAAUCCAACAUAAUGCUGUAACAGAAAAUUGAUCUCUUAUUUGGGCAGAAAAGUGAUAUAUAGAGUAUUUUAUUGAUUUUGGGGGUGGGAAAUAUAUGAGUAUAUGUAUAAAAACCUAUGUAUGUUUAAUUUUCAAUCUCAGGUUCCAAUGGACCAAAUAAAGUUUUUUUUAAAUAAAACA